UGGAUGAACUUACGUUGAUAUCUGGAAGUAGACGAUGAGAACUACAGUUCGCAAGAUGGUUGGUGUUGGUCUGGCGGAGGCGAAGUCGAAGUCGAAGUGGUGGUGUUAACUAUCGAGAACCAACGGUAACGUGCCAAACAGGCGACGGCCGGUAUAUAUCACAGCGGCGCGGGGAGCGGGUAGUGUAGUGGACGGGCACCAAGGGGGUCGAAGAGCUAUUGGCUUAUUCCGGGCGGGCAGGUUGUGAGCGAGUGAUCUGCUUUUGAAAGAUGCGGCUAAGGCAGUGGUGAAAUGGUGGAUAGGGAGCGUGGUGAGGCGUCAUGCGGCGCUCUGGGUCACUAGCUGGCCCCGAACAGCCAUGGGCUAAAGUAAUCGUUGUCGUCGCCGUGCCCAGCAGCGAUUUCCCUGUAAGUGGACCAGAUCGUCGGAUUCGAGCGAUACCCUGUAUCACAUCGUGGCAUGGCGUAUGGCGCUCGCCCGGCGCCGUCUUGGAGCGGCAGCAAAACAAAAGCGUGCGCCAAGCGUCGCAAUACUAUCCUGAAUGCGCUGCUGGUAGAGUGCUUCCCCUUGCAACUCGGGCAGGGGCCCUGGCCGUUUCGCCGGCGAUUCAUGGCGGGUGCAGACGACAGGGCAGGCCGAAGGCGUGUUUUGAGGACAACAGGGAGACAGUCAAAGAUACCCCCACCCGCGAUACUAUGCAACGUACUAUGUACAUGCCUGCUGGCCCGGGCAAAGCAAUUAUGAGCAGCCUCACAACCGCCAGGAGAGAAUGCUCGGCGACGACACCAACGACAACAACAUCAAAACAUGGACGCAAAUACAUCCAUGUGGACCGCCUUUGCCACUUCUCGCCGGAUGCCCCAGACAUGGCAAUCAGAGUUUCGCUUUGCGGCGUGCUGACAGGCACCUGUUCCCCAGCAGCAGUGGGUGGGUGCCGCACGAUGCACGUUGCAGUCAGCGCUCGCCCGUCGAUCAAACGGGUACUGAGCCAUGACGGUGGACCGGGCGUAGACGGGGAUCAUCGCCGCCAUCCUUGA